GUACUGCGCCGCACUGCGCCCCCUGGCGGCCACACCCCCCACGACGCGUUGUGUCCUCCACUUCCGGGGCGCGAGACGGUUCCGCAGCGUUCGCAGAGAGCUGCGAGUGCGGGAAAAGGCUCGGCUGGCGCACAUCCCGGAGGACAGUGAGCGAGUGUCUCGAGCGUCAGAGCGCGACGGUGAUGUCACAGCGCAUGAUGUCACAUUUUCGUGCGCUUCUUGUGCAGUAUCUCUCAUGUGGACUCGCUGGGGGGCAGAGAGGAGCGAAACGGCACAUUAACGACACACCGACCGUCACGCUGAAUAACGGAUGAAGCGAGUGUCGCGCGCACUGACAUCAUGAUCAGAACGCUGAUAUAACGGCAGUAGCUCACGCGCUGACUUCCGUGACCUCGCAGCGGGGGUCGGUCACGUGCGGGCUUGUGCAGGGGGCGGGGUCCAAGGGGGUGUGUUGUGUUGUGUUGUGUUCGGCGCCGCGCGGCCCGACUUUCCCUCGCGAGCCCUUCCACGAGAGCUGUGGCGGCGCGCUGCGGCCGCCGCUUCGAAACAUGUAGGCGCGUGGGCCGCGGGCACGAGCGGCGGAGCGCGCGCGCGCGCAGUAAAUGGGCAACCUGCUGGGUGGCUGGAGGUUCAAGGAGCCGAGCACCGUGGAGGAGUGCGACUCCACCUGGGACACGGACUCCGAGAGCGAGGAGCGCGCGAGCCCCACAGAGGAGGACGCGCACGAGCCUGCCGACCCCCAGGAGACCCCCCCAAGGGCCAGGAGGAGCUUCUGCGCAGCGAAGGACCUGUACAAGUACCGCCACAGCUACCCGAGCUACAAGGAGCCGCGGCAGUCGGAGUUUCGCAACCUGAGGUUCUACCUGAACAAGGUGCCCCUGGACCCCGAUGGCGUCUACGUCGAAGAAAUCCUCACCCAGUGGAGAGGCGACUAUGAGAAGCUGGAGAACAACCACACCUACAUUCAGUGGCUCUUUCCUCUGCGAGAACAAGGGCUCAACUUCUACGCUCAGGAGCUCACUCAGGAGGAGAUCAAGGAGUUCCAGGGGUCCCGUGAAGCCCGGCGCCGCUUCCUGCAGGCCUACGCCCUCAUGCUCGACUUCUUUGGCAUCAAGCUGCUGGACAAGAGCGGCAGCGUGUCCCGGGGACCCAACUGGCAGGACCGCUUCCAGCACCUGAACGAGUCCCAGCACAACUACCUGCGCAUCACCCGCAUCCUGAAGAGCCUGGGUGAGCUCGGGUUCGAGGCCUUUAAGAUGCCACUGGUGCGCCUACUGCUGGAGGAGGCCCUGGUGGCUGGCACGCUGCCCAACAUGCGACACAGCGCGCUCGAGUACUUUGUCUACACGCUGCGGGACCGAGCCCAGCGCCGCACCCUGCUCCGCUUCGCCCAACGCCACUAUGUGCCGCCGGAAGACUUUGUGUGGGGUCCGCCGCGGCUCCGCGGGGUGUGCGUCGGGGGCAGGCAGCGGCCCGUCAAGGAGGAGCCCGCGUGGAGUCCGAGCUCUGCGCGUGCGGAGGUGGCCAAAGAGCAGGGCACGUCGCUGAAGCGCAGGGGCCAGGAGCCGUCUGCAGGGGGUGACAGGAAGCCGAGUAGCAGCACGCGACCCCUGCGGGGGGCUGGAGAGUGGCUGCAGUGCGCAGACACCGUCGCCCUGUAGGGGGCAGGCAUGGGCGAUCCGCGGAGCGCGCGAACCCCGGCCCCACGGGGGGUACUGUUAGCUCUCCGCCUCCUCUGUCUUCCUCUUUCGGGCUCUUUGAGUCGAUGAUUAAUAAAGUGCUUCUUCACGCUGCAGCCUGUCUGGUGCGGGGGGUCCGUUGUCCCCGCCCAAGUGCCUCCUUUUUGCCCCGUGCCGGAGCACACGGGGUUGCGGGACUCGCCCCAAGACAGGCUCUGCACCUGGCUUGCAGCUACCUGCAGCUAACAGCGCCCCCCAGUGGCUGGCUGGCUGGCUGGCUUCCUGGGGCCUGUCAGGGCUGUGGGUGCAGCAGUAGCUCAUUUUUCUCAGGGUGUCGAUGUGCUGCAGGGGGUGGGGUGGGUCGGGGGUCACGGGAUCAUGGUGCUUGUUGGUGGGUGGGUGGGUAGGAGGGGUGCUAAUGAAACCCCCACUGACUCACUUCCAGCGCCCCUCCGAUUCCUCAGCACUGUUGUACACCUCAGCCUUUUAGGUUGUCAGAGUGGUCGUCGUGGUAACCAGUGUGUGGAUUUGUCAGGUAUUACAUAUUUUAUAAUUCUGUAUGUUAUUGCAUACUGCUAUAUUAAAUAUGAUGCAAAAA